GUUCCCAGCAGGACAGCUACCUGCGCGUUUCCUUCUACGCCCACAGUCAGUCCUCUGCCGCCGCUGUUGGGGAGCACAAGACGUUAUGUAAGAAAUUUCAGCUGGUUACAAGGACAAUGGAGUCAUUCAUAGACUUUCGUCCUCUCAGAAGCAUUCCCGUGGAGACGGACGAGUCCAUGGUAUUCUUGGACGUGCUGGCGAAGUGUAAAGACCAGCCCUGUGGGACAGCGGGAGUCUGCUCUGGACAGCCGGAGGUGACGGUGAACGAAGUGGCACUGUGCAGGUCCGGUGUACAAGACAGCUUAAGUGGCAGAAACUAUUUCCAGGAGAAGAAACACCAAACGGGCGCUUCUGAGGAGGAUACAGGGCAGAGUCCUGGAAAAAGUCCCUUCCCAGCAGGCAGCUGGGCCGAUUCGUCCCCAGAAAUGCGCCGGUUCGAAAUUACACAGGCGCCAAGAGGACCCGCAAAGCCGACCAAUACCUGUUUACAGCAGCCGGGCUCUUCAGAAGUCGGGCCCUGCCCCGCCGUCAAGAGACGCCAGCUGCCCACAGAAAAGGACUUCGAGAGCGAAGUCGGUUCUGACUCCAGAGAGAGUGCCAGGCCGUCUCUGCUGAGCAGACAGCUGGACCUCCCCAGUGAAGACACCGGCUACGGGUCCCAGCCUCGGAAGGACAUGGAUGUCCAGCUGCAGGACCCCCCGCUGUCUCUGCGGUCAGACCUGGGCUGCCCUGUAGGCCCCGGGGUUGUGAUAAACAGGGGUGAAGGAUCUGGGCUCUGGCCCACAGCCCACAACAAUCCACAGCAGCACCACCAUUACCCAGCUCCUCAGCGAUUUGCGGCUGUGGAUUGUGGGCACGCCUGCUGGUCACAUUCCCCCUCCUAUCAGAGACAGGAUCCCAGGGUGUGUGCACAGCAGCAGCUGACUGGCUGCACCCACGGGCGCUGUGUUCCAGAGCCCCAGCAGGAAGUCAGGCUUUGGCCCGGACCAGAGGGCUGGAAUCAGCCUCAUUUUCGAUUCGGUGUGAGAGACAGUCACUCCUCUGCCUACGGCCUCCACCGCGGUCUUCACAGUACACCGGGCUGUGCCGCCCCCUCUGUGGGGGUGAUGUCUCAGAUUGACAUCGUACCUUCUCCACCUCUGCCUCCUCCGUACCGCCAGCCUGCUGUCAGCGGGACAGAGGAACCGGGAAUGUUGAAAACCAUCAACCUGCCAGAUGAAUGCCGGAAUUUAUUUGUUACGUAUUCAGUGGACGCAGCUCGUGAGAUACUAACCUUUGUGGAAUUUCUGACAAAACAAGGCUUUCGGCCAGCGAUUGAUAUAUUUGACAACCCAAUAAGGCGUAUGGACAUCAAUAAGUGGAUGGACAGUUAUUUAAAAGACAAAUCAGUACUCAUAAUUGUAGUUGUGAGUCCCAAGUACAAAGAGGACAUUGAGGGAACAGGCUUGGAUGAGCAUGGAUUACACACAAAGUAUAUUCAUACCAUGAUGCAGAACGAGUUCAUUCAGCAAGGAAGCCUGAAUUUCAGAUUUAUACCUGUGCUCUUCCCAAAUGCCACCAAGAGACAUGUUCCUGGGUGGCUCCAGAACACCCGCAUUUACAGAUGGCCCUCAGAGACUGAAGACCUGCUCCUGCGACUGCUGAGGGAGGAGAAGUACAUCUCCCCGCCCCUGGGCAAAGAGCUCACUCUCCACAUCCGGCCUGUGGGCCCCAAUCAGCUGAUCAAACCACCCUGACAGUUCACGGACUGAUCCCUCGCCCGGCCCUCCAAACUCAGAACGUCCUAUUGGCUAGCACCGCCGAAGCUGAAAUAUUCAAAGAUGAAAAGAGAGAAGAACAAAAUAACAUCAGAUGAUUUUGAGGAUGAUGACUCGUCUGUGGUCAUCUACUGCUGACUGAGUAGCUUCUCCUCUCAAGUUCCUCUCAUACUUGUUACUUAGCUUGGCUGUGGUGGAACCAGACACCCUGGGACAGUGCACUGGGGCCUGAGCUUUAACCACCUUCCUGUACCUGAACACCCUGGGACAGUGCACUGGGGCCUGAGCUUUAACCACCUUCCUGUACCUGAACACCCUGGGACAGUGCACUGGG